UUUACAUUUUGUGAUCCGCAUGGAUGGGGGUAAUUCCCGAAAUCUUUACACAGCCAGUUUGUUUGUUGUUAAUCGGUUCAAUGGUUAAAUGUUUUCUUUGAAACAACUUCGCACUUGAACGGUUCUAACUUCUCAGUGUCUGAAUGAUUACUUGUUUAGAUGACGAUGGACAAAUCGAAAGACCAAGAAUCGAGUGGUGAUGAUUUUCAAACGGAUGGAAAAACACUGCAUGAUGCAGAGUCAAUAAAUGAUGCAUCUAAGGAUGUGAGUGAUGCCGACACAUCAGACACGUCAAUCUUGGAUUCUGAUGACCCUGGAAACCUUGAAGACGAAGAAGAAAAAGAGGAGGAACACCUGCCUGGUCUCAAAGACUUUCUAAAAAAGAAUGUAACAGACAGAUUUAGCGUUGGAGAGAAGACAGGUCUCCCUUUGCUACUAGCUUGCCUGAGGGAGUGUCUACUAACACAUCGAUGGAAUGAAGCAAGUCAUGCUGUGGAAAUGAUGUGCCUUUACCCUACACAGCAGUAUGAAGAUUAUGUAUGGAAGUGUGGUGUGGAGAUUUUAUACAGUCAUCCAGGAUCAGACCCUGCUUUGAUUGAACAGUUCAACAGUAAACUAGAAGGGGUCAAUAAACAACUGAAGAAGAAGAGAUUGGAGAAGGUGUUUUACCUCCUUAGUAGACAGCAAUAUAAAGAAGCUCAUCUGGAAGUCAGGUCUUUCAAGCGUUCCAGACGAACCAAACUGCGGAAAGAGGAUGCGAAGACAUCCAAGUUCUGGGAGUUGUUGAUCAACUCCUACUCGGGGAUGCUACAGUACAUGACAUGGCAUCAGAAUUUCGAGUCUGUGGACAGAGAGAGUCAGGAGGCCGAUACAGCUGAGAGUGGAGAGUUUGAGGUGAGGAGAGCUUGUGUGAGCCUGGGAAAACUCUCUGGUAGACCUGGAGUGUGGGAUAUCUUCAUCACUAAACAUGUUGAGAUACUGGAGACGACGGGUAAGAUAGAGGAAGCCAAGGAGGUCCUUGAGAAAUACUGCACUCAGUGUCAAGACAAUCCCAACGCCUUCAGAUACCUCUACAGAUUUCUCAAACGCAAUAAUGGAAGUGAAAGCAAUCUGAUGCAGAUUCUCAAGGAGUUUGUGAGAAGAGUUCCCUCGGACCCACUUGCAUUAGAGCUUGUGCGUCUCCAGCAGCUGGCAGUCAAAUCAAAGAAGAAAAAGAAACACAACGAAAGAAUCCAUGCAUUCACCAAUACACUAUUCAAUAUGUUGGACUAUCCGUACUGGUAUAAGAAGCUAAAACCCUGGAAGAUUCUUUCAAAACACCUUACAAAGGUAUUUCGGAGACAGGAUACUGUCGCUAUCAAAGCAGCUCAGGAUUGUUGGAGCAUGAGAAACUGGUGGCCAUCUUACCACUUUGAUGUCAAGUCAGCUCAAGGUCUACUCAAGAGUAAUAAGAAAGUGGUCUUGCAGAAAGCUUUGGUUGCUAUUUUCCUUCACACCCCAGAAUCACAGUUUGUUCACAUUGUGAAGAAGCACUUCAUGAAGAAAGACGAGACGAAAUACAUCAAGCUCCUAGAGGAUGCAGCUGAGUUAUUUGAAGAAUAUGACUUGGUAUCAUAGAAGGGGCUGAGGGAAUGUUCAUUAUUCCGAACGGAUUCCUCACAAGAAAACUCAGGAGUUGUAAAAAAUCUCAGGAUUUUCGUCACAGCAAUAAUGACUGGUUAGCUUGUGUAUGUCACGAUGCAAUUAACACUCCUACUGGUUGGACCAUUUCAUGUAAUCCACUGUGGUUUUAAAUAAUGAACUCUGCCAGCCUACACUGGUGACCAUUCAAUAUCAUCCACUGUCCACUGUGGUUUUGAAUGAUUGACAAACUAUGCCAGCCUGCAAUAUGGUAUCGUGAAGUGAAUGCAACUCAACCCUCCUACUGUCUGACCAUUCAAUAUCAUCCAGUUGUUCACUGUGGUUUUGAAGGAUAAACUACACAGUCAAUCUUCCUACUGUCUGACCAUUCAACAUCAUCCAGUUGUUCACUGUGGUUUUGAAGGAUAAACUACACAGUCAA